UACUCCAUUACUUAGUGGGAAGAAGAAGUGGGCAAGUUGAAGUGGAAUUGAGUUGGUGUCACCAUACAGGCCUCUGAGCAAAUGCUGAACGUAAUUGUUGAAAGUUUGAUGAUUGGGCACAUCUCAGCAUCACUAGCCCAUUGUGUAUAUCUAGUUGGGUGGGGGUGGUUGUGAUCACUCAUCAUCUCAUAUUACAAGUGAAAACAGAGAUUUUUGAAGUGUAAGAUAUCAUGGGGGAGGAACAAAACCUUCAAAUAACUCUCAUGUCUCCAUACAAAAUGGGUCAUUUUCAGCUUUCUCACAGAGUAGUUUUGGCUCCUCUCACAAGACAAAGAAUGUACGGAAAUGUUCCUCAGCCCCAUGCUAUAUUAUACUACUCCCAAAGAACUACGGAUGGUGGCCUUCUCAUUUCCGAAGCCACUGUAAUUUCUGACACUGCCAUAGGGUAUCGAGACGUGCCUGGUAUAUGGACAAAGGAACAAGUCGAAGCCUGGAAACCUAUUGUGGAGGCAGUUCAUGACAAAGGUGGUAUCUUUUUUUGUCAGAUUUGGCACACGGGGAGGCUUUCAAAUACUGGUUUUCAGCCAAAUGGGCAGGCUCCAGUAUCUAGUACAGACAAACCUUUAAGCCCCAGUAGUGAUGGGUCACAUUUUUCGCCUCCUCGACGACUCAGUACCGAGGAAAUUCCUCAGAUUAUAAAUGAUUUUAGACUUGCUGCAAAGAAUGCCAUGGAGGCAGGUUUUGACGGAGUUGAACUUCAUGCUGCUCAUGGAUACCUUGUAGACCAGUUCUUGAAAGACCAAGUUAAUGACCGAACAGACAAUUAUGGAGGCUCCUUGGAGAACCGUUGCAGAUUUGCUUUGGAACUUGUGGAAGCUGUGUCAGAAGAGAUCGGAGCUGAUAGAGUAGGCAUAAGGCUUUCACCUUUUGCAGAUUACAAUGAAUCAGGUGAUUCAAAUCCGGAAGGUUUGGGACUUUAUAUGGCUGAAUCCUUGAAUAAAUACGGCAUCCUUUACUUGCACGUGGUUGAGCCGAGGAUGAAAACUGCUUGGGAAAAAUUCGAAUGCACUGAGAGUCUUUUGUCUAUGAGAAAAGCAUUUAAAGGUACUUUUAUUGUUGCUGGUGGUUAUGGGAGGGAAGAUGGUAAUAAAGCUGUGGCUGAGAACCGUGCAGACCUUGUUGCUUAUGGUCGUGUGUUUCUGGCAAACCCCGAUCUACCAAGGCGGUUUGAGCUUAAUGCUCCCCUCAAUAAAUAUGACAGAAACACAUUUUAUACAUCUGAUCCAGUUGUCGGCUACACUGAUUAUCCGUUUCUUGAUCAAACAUAUGAUAAGGAAACAUGAGAAACAGAGGUUUAUGUUUUAUCGUUUCCUGUCAUUCACAAGCGUGAGUUGGAGGUUAUUGCUGUGAUUGCCUAAAUGCCGAAGCAAUUAUUAGUUCUUCCCUUUUGUUUAUAAGAGUGCUUGGAAGGUUGUCAGUGUGCUGAGGCUUUUUAUUGUGUUAUGAUCAUCUAUUCUUGGUAAAACCUUGAUCUACGAAGGGGGUCUCAAAAUGUCAAGAUGCAUUUCGAGUAUCAGAUGCAUUGUGCACUACUUGUAUGCUUCCUGAUGAAAAAACUGCUGUAUAUUGCCUUCUGUUGGUGAUUGCUUCUCCAUUUUCCCAGAACAAGUGCAAAUUGCAACCUUCAUCAGUUGGUGACUGACUUGCAAACUUUUUUUACAAGAUUAUCUGCUAGAUAUAUUGCCUUGUGCAUCACCAAGAAUGAUGUUUUAUAUAUUUGAUCCCUUUUUGGUGCACAACUAAUAGGUUUGCGGAUGAAACAAGUAUUGCAUACAUAUCAGUAUUUGGCCCUCACUGACUUGUCGGGGGCCAUUAUAAUAAAAUUUCAGGAGUGUUUAGUACU